CAUAGACACACACACACACACAAUGGGAGGGAUCCAGGAGUAUAGGUAGGGAUACGGCGGCAGACAGACAGAUGUGCGAUGCUCAGACUUAAACCAUGAAGCCAUUCCCCCUCGCCCGUGCGAAGGUAAACUUUUACCCACCCUCCUAUCUUGUCUUCGUGUGGAGCUGUCAUUGAUGCCAACUCGCUACGCGCACACCUGCUACUUCCUCCUCUUCUUCUCAUUCUUUUUUUCUCCUCUGGAGGGGGUAACAUUAUUGCUCUCGGCAUACCAGAAGCGAUGCAGCAGAAACGGAAGCUGAAGUGGCGAUAGAUCCUGUUGAAUUGAGACAAGACGUCGAGGCGCAGCCAAAAAAAAGUGUCCUCUCCAGAGUGCGUCAGAGCACGGAUGUGUGUACUGGAUGUGGAUAUGGUCGCUGCGUGGAUACAGCGAGGGAUUUUGCGGCGUUACCCUCCAAAAUCAUAACGGGGAUUUGAGCGAGAGUGAACAACUGCAUCCUCACCUAGCCUCCUUCCCCUGCUUCCUCCAUCAGAUUGGUUUGUGAAGAGGGGGGGCGGGGGAGGGGGGACUGAGGCGAUGUCGUUUUGGCCCCCUUUCAGAUCUCCUGAGAGCGUCAGAUGAAUAAAGUCCUUCAAAUUCACCGGAGCUGUAUAAAAUAACGGAGAUCUCUCUUCCUCUCUCUCUUUUUUAAACUCGUCCUAAAAUGGCAACCAUGAGUGACCAGGGAGGAUCAAAAGACGCAUUCGGGCGCAAGCCCGCCUCGCGGAGAAAUUAACCACCUGAUGGGCACCGGAGGAACCGAGGAGAGACUGUUUAGGUGUCGCUUGUUGACUUGGUGAUUUACAAUGCUGAGCAAAUAAGGGGCGCUGCAAGUUUGACCGAGCGUCUGCGUAACAGGCUAUGCCACCGGCCUUUACAUCUGAUCUUUUUCCUUCUUUCUUCUUCUUCUUCUUCUUUUGGAUAUGGUAAUGAUGUCAUGAAAAUACCGGAGGAGGGGGGGCUGUACCUAAACUGGAAGAGAUGGCAAUCAGUAUCAUGUAAGUAGGAUACAUGGGAUUCGCUCAGCAUGGACCCAUUUGAGGUGUGUUUGCUAUUCUGACUUUCUCGCAUUCACGACUGAUUGGUCGAGAGGCUUCAUGCCUCAUUUUGUCUCCCUGCGCGCGCUGAGCUGCAACUUUUGUCCUCUGGUCUGUGUCCACAUCACAGCGCGCGAGCGCUUACUGUAAGCGUCAGCGGACCGAAGCGCUCACUGACUUAAAAUGGAGUUUGCCAUGGUGGGCGCGGACGGUGGGUGCAACAGCCACCUGCCUUACGGAUAUGCCCAGGCUCGCGCGCGGGAGAGGGAGCGCGAGAGGGAGCGCCAGGCUGCCCAAACCAGAGCGGCGGCCGCAGCGGCUGCUGCCGAAGGUGGAACGUGCACGGAGGGAGGUGGAGGAGGAGGAGGAGGUAGCUGCGGUGGCGUCGGAGGGUCCACCUCCAACACCUCCUCGAGCGCUCAUCUCCUUAACAACCGCCAGCAUCAGUCUCGCGCCGCCUCCUCCGCGAACGCCAACAUCAGCAGCGGCGGUACCGCCUCGCGCCCCUCCCCCUCCUCCUUCACCUCCACCACCUCCACCACCUCCUCGCAACAGAACCAGCAGGAACCCGAGCAGCAGCAGAGAUUUGUCCGAGAGCGGAAAAAGCAGCGCGGCGUCGGACGCUGGAGACGGAACCGGGGCACUCUCGGUGGGGACCUGCGCCACUCCGAGCUGGCUCUGCUCGGAUCCGAGGAGGACAUCAUGAUAGAGGAGGAAGAGGCCGAAGGAGCCGAGGAAGAGGAGGAGGAGGGGGAGGGGGGCGGGGGCGACCGGGGGAGCAAAAGGUCGAGUUUUUUGUGCAACAUGGAUGAUGAGGAGGAGACCGUGUCGAUCACCGACAGGCGGCCCCAGUCCGGAUACGAAAACGUUUACAGCGAGUGCGGCUGCUGCGAGAGAGUUGUCAUCAACGUGUCGGGUCUGAAGUUUGAAACUCAGCUCAAGACGCUCACUCAGUUCCCGGACACGCUCCUGGGAGAUCCGGAUAAGAGGAUCAGGUACUUCGACCCGCUGAGGAACGAAUACUUCUUCGACCGGAACCGACCGAGUUUUGACGCCAUUCUUUACUACUACCAGUCAGGCGGGCGCUUAAAAAGACCAGUCAACGUCCCAUUUGACAUAUUUUCCGAGGAGGUCAAGUUUUAUGAACUCGGGGAGGAGGCGAUACUAAAGUUUCGGGAGGAUGAGGGCUUCGUCAAAGAGGAGGAGAAACCUCUGCCGGAGGAUGAGUUCAAGCGCCAGAUUUGGCUGCUCUUUGAGUAUCCGGAGAGCUCGAGCCCUGCCAGGGGGAUCGCGGUCGUGUCCGUCCUUGUUAUUGUCAUUUCUAUUGUGAUUUUCUGCCUGGAGACGCUGCCGGAGUUCAGGGAUGACAAAGAGUAUCUACAGCCACGAAACAACUCCUCUCAAGCUGAUCACGGAUUUACUCCUUUUAACGACCCCUUUUUCGUCGUGGAAACGGUCUGCAUCAUCUGGUUCUCGUUUGAGAUUAUAGUUCGCUUCUUUGCCAGUCCGAGCAAAACUCAAUUCUUUAAAAACAUUAUGAACUCCAUAGACAUUGUUUCCAUUUUGCCUUAUUUCAUUACUCUCGGCACGGACCUGGCGCAGCAUCAGGGCAACGGACAGCACGCGAUGAGUUUCGCCAUCCUGAGAAUAAUCCGCCUCGUCAGGGUGUUUCGCAUCUUCAAGCUGUCCAGACACUCUAAGGGGCUGCAGAUCCUGGGUCACACCCUGCGCGCCAGCAUGAGGGAGCUGGCCCUCCUCAUUUUCUUCCUGGUCAUAGGUGUCAUCCUGUUCUCCAGCGCGGUGUACUUCGCCGAGGCGGAUGAACCCACUUCGCAGUUUACGAGCAUCCCGGACGCGUUUUGGUGGGCUGUAGUGACCAUGACCACAGUGGGUUACGGAGACAUGAAGCCCAUCACUGUGGGUGGGAAGAUAGUGGGCUCCCUCUGCGCGAUCGCGGGCGUGUUAACCAUUGCGCUCCCUGUCCCGGUCAUAGUGUCCAACUUCAACUACUUUUAUCACAGGGAGACCGAUAACGAGGACCAGUCGCCGGUGGUGGAGAGCAUGCCCCCGGGCUGCCCGUACUUCCCUGACUUUCUAAGAAAAUUCAAAGGCUCGCCCUCUGGCUCCUCGCUCGGUGACAAAGCGGAGUAUAUGGAAAUGGAGGAGGGGGUGACGGAGUCGCUUUGCGGGCUGGACAAGAGCCCCAGUAAAGGAAACGGCACAGACAUAAGCAGAAAAAACAGUACUAACUCAAAAUCCAUUCAGACUGACGUGUGAUUACAAUUAGAGUUUAUUAUUAUUAAUUAUUUUUCCUGAAGAAGAAGAACACGCCCUAUAAAGAUAAUUUUGAACAUCACUUCUGCCCAACAGCAGGUGACCCCCUCCCGCCCUCAUUUCCCCAACACAAGUUUGAAACACGCCUCACACACACACACACA